AUGCAGUACGAGGGGGUAGAGAUGCAGUACGAGGGGGUAGAGAUGCAUGUGCGCGUCUCACUGAACCAUUCGCCAUCCAUGUGGCUGGCAUGCUGUCACUCUGCACGUCCACCUCCCACCAUUGCUGCAUGCAUCCAACAUGCGCUCUUCCAUCGUCUAGUAGCCUCCUCCCCUCCUACCCUCCUCCCCUCCUUCCCUCCUCCCCUCCUACCCUCCUCCCCUCCUUCCCUCCUCCCCUCCUCCACUCCUUGCCUCCCCUCCUUCCCUCCUCCACUCCUCGCCUCCCCUCCUUCCCUCCUCCACUCCUCCCCUCCUUCCCUCCUCCCCUCCUCCCCUCCUCGCCCCCCCUCUCACCCGUCCAAGCACCCCCUUUUCCGCCUACCUCUGCGCCCACCGUCCCUUGGUGCGCCCCUCGUGCUCCCCAUCUCCCACCCGCACGUCUCCCCCGCGCCCUAG